AAGCGACAAAAAAGGAAACAGGGAAAUAAGAACGAUACUGCUUGAAUCCUCCCCUUGAUCGACCCUGAUCUUUAAAUCCCAAGUCUUGUGCGUUAACAGUUUAUUCAAAAUGCAGUAUAUUCCAGAUGUAAUAAUACAAUUAUUCCUUUUGAUGUCUUUAUUUGUCAUAGAAUCUUGGAUGGAGCGACUUGUUUGAACAGAAAGGUCCAAGUCUAUACCUCCCCUGAGUGUCCGUCACUCCGUUAUUCUCGCGGUAUCCUUUGGGACAGUGCUAAGAAACCUCACGAUAACGUCACGAUUAGUUUGCUAUCAGCUCGGGUUCAAAGGGGGUUAAGUGUGCUGGAGUAUUUAUCAGCACACACGGAAAAGGGGGGUUUGAUAUUUAUAUUACAAAGCAAGUCUGCGGAGACUUGGUGAGGAUCACAAAGAAGAACACUUCCGCUUCUGACUGCGAUUGUAUGAGCUUUUUGAUGAGAACUUUGUGGCAGGCAUGGAAAAAAUGAAGGGAAGAACUCGCCCGAUUUCACACGCGUACACCGCCCCCAGUUCGAUGGUGAAACGUUUUGACAUGUGAAUGGACCAAAGAAACCUGUACCUUUCUUUAAUUUUCAUUAACAUGAUUAAGGAGACGAUUGAAAGCAAGCAAAAUGAAAAAGGAAACAGUAGGCACUGAUGCUCAUCAGGUAGUAGCAGUUUUAAGCGUCGUCAUCGUCUUGUUGGUAAUAAUAGUUGUGUUGUUGGUAGUCUACAUCGCUGUUCUCAAAUGGAAAAAGGGUCAACGACGUCGUUCGGAACGCGACAUCGAUCAACCGACAUCGAUGUUUCACCAUCCCCCGUCAAACUGCAUUAUAUCCAACGCGAUCUUGUCAAUGACCGAUUACCAGAUCAGGAAAGAACGGGAGAACACGUACAAGGUGAAUCCUGCAUACAUCCCAGAGGAUGAUGAAUCCCAAAAUGGAUGGGAUCGAAGUUGUGGACCUUGUGGUGGCGACUCGAACGGCCAUCGCGAGAAUGAAGAAAAUGUGACCCAUGAGCAGGAAACAUUAACUCCAUAUAGUUGUGGUAGUGGUCGUAUCGACAGUAAGUUGAUCGAGCUUUUGAAAACAGAUAUGAAAGAAAGUGUCACUGUUGAGGUCGACAGCAAGCUGUUGGUAUUUAUGUCCAGAGAGAUUGAUGAUUCAGGUGGAACUCUUGUUCUGGACAAGAUGGGCAUUUCACUCAUAAUUCCUCCCUGCGCCAUCCCUCGGGGUAAGAAGGAGAUCAUACAACUGGUCCUUGACUGGGAUCUAAGCGACUUCCCACCGAUGAAAGAGACACAGACUAUCAUCAGCCCUGUUGUUCACUGUGGUCCACAUGGACUGAAGCUGUCAAAGCCUGCAAUUCUAAGCUUCAUGCAUUGUGCAGAUGAUGUCAGAGACAUCAUGGUGUUGUCCAGUGAGACACACUUGACACAGGACAAGCACUGGAAACCAAUCCAGCAUCGAAAAAAAUGUGGGAAGGUUGAAUAUGCGCUCCUUGAAAACCAAUGUCAGGUGUACCUAUCUCAUUUCUCUUUGUACACAUGUAUCGCUCAAGGAUCACAUCCUAAGUUGACGAAGAAGUGGAUUCAACUCGCCGCGUUCGGAAAGAAGGAGGGUGGCCAAUUCCAAGUCUUGAUGUACAUGCUCAACAAUACGCCAUGUGCUCUGCAGUUUGCAACCCAGCAACAAGCCAAGUAUAAUUGUCCAAUGCUUCGCUGUCCGUUGGAAUUUUUGAUUGACGAAGAAGGAGGAGAUCUUGUUUUCGAUUUGAAACACCUUAAUGAUGGAUGGAGUCCUGUGGGUCGAAAAUUUGAGGAGACUGGACUCUUCCCUGACAUCUGGCAAGGAAAGUGUAAUAACAUUUCAUUCACCUUCAAGCACGUCGAUCCAUCCUGCAAUGACCUUAACUUCAAUAUCUGUCUCUUUCAGAAGCACAUGCCAGAAGUGAAGAGGCACUUUGAAGUUGCCAUGUCAUUCCAAAUGAAAAGUUCAGCUCGAAGUCGGACAAAUCGGAGGUUCGUACAACCGACCACCAAUCUGAACUUGAAUCUCUCUCCUGCUCUCCCUUCUGUAGUCAUUAACGGAUUCGACAGCGGUAUUUCGACCUCUGCUUCUGAGACGACGUCAUUCAAGUCAGUGAUCAUGGAUCAAUAUCACAUCAAUGCCAAUGAUAUCCAUACUGAUGACGACAAGGAAGCUCAGUUCGAUAUGAUUGUUUCUGGUUGUUGCGGAGGAGAUCAUGCAUUUGAUGGUAGCGAGUUCAGUGACGAUGACGAUGAUGAUCAGGAAGAUUUGGAGGAGGUGACACCGGCCACAAAAAAAGACACAGUCAACGUCGGAAUGAUGGCUGUAAAGCCACGAAGAACACGGUCGAGGACAUUUCCUGGAAGUAACAACUCUACAAACACAACAAAUAUCAACAUUCACACGGGGACAGUUGUCCAGUCUUCUACACCCCUUGAUCAUGUUGAUCACCAUAGUCUUCCGCAUGAUGAUCCACCUCUUGCUGUCUUCCCUCUCCGGCUCCGAUCAAAGCUCACGGCUUUACUUGACCCUCCUAGCCCAGUCACGUCCUCGGUCAAUGACUGGCGUGUUCUGGCUGAAAGUCUUCAUAUGGAUGCAUUGGUUAAACUCAUUCGUACGAAACCGAAUCCUACUGAGGAGUUAUUAGACGUCGCAGCGCAGAAAGGGAAAGACUGUCGAUGGCUCUAUAAUGUUCUUCUAGACGCUGAAAGGCACGAUGCGGCGGACGAGGUUGCCAAGUACCUGCAGGAUGGGAGUCAAUCGCUGAGACAGAACAAUGAAGAAGAUCCUGGAUGCAAUCAUUCCAGAAUCUCUGAGACACGAGCUUGAAGUUUCUAAAUUUUGGAAGUAUUCUUAUUCGCAUCAUGGCCUUCAUAUAAAAAGGAUAAUGUGAAGUAGUGUUGAUCUUGACUUUCGUUAUAUUCUUGAAGACUAUUUUAAAAAAAAGUUAUUCAGAUCAGGAAACAUCAUGUAUUUUUUUAUAUUGGAUUAUUUUCUAAUCUAUUUGUCUGUUAUUUUAUUUUUCUAUCAAGUCGUUCCUUUAUACAUUUUUUAUUUAUUAUUAUUCACCGUUUUCACCAGGCUAUCAAGUUCGUUAUCUAUCUGUUAUUUUACACAUUCAGAUUAUAUUCAUAAAUUCAUAUAUCAAUCUGCUAUCAUGAUAAUCGUUACAAAGUGAACACACUUACCAAGUUUACAUCAUUAACCAAACAUCCAAAGCAACAAUAAUAAAAGCAUUUAAGAAAAUAAGAUGAGAACACUGUAAUUACUACCAGUGGUGAAUCUUCAAUGUCUUCACCUGGGCCUCGUUACAUAAAAGAAUAUGGGAACUUUGCCACCCAAUGGUCUACCAUGGUAACGAGGCGCUAAAGCCAAUCAAAAUCAAGGACUCUGAGAAAGUUACUGGCAACUUAACUUUAAUAGUUACUUUUAUUCAACCGGGCCCAGAAUGAUUGUAUUCAAUUUGGAAUUAUUUUUUUUAUUUUGUAGUCUCAGUUCAUUAUAACAACAAUAUGAUGUACGGAUAAUUAAGGUCAAAAAGAAAUAGACAUGAGGCAAGAAGCUGGGGGUAAUUAUUUUUAAGGUUGAUUUGAGAAGAAUCGUAGAUAGGACGAGAAGACAAGUAGACAAUUCAGGGGGCCCGUUGUAAAAAAAACCCAGUAAUAAUCAAAUGCAACUUAAUUGAUUGUCAACUUAUCACUCUGAAGCACGCAUUUAUAGGACUCGCGUAUGACUUUCUUAGUUUUGUUGCAACAAAACGUAAGGGGCAAAGGGCCAUCUGUCAGGUUGACCAUGUGAGGAGACAAGGUCUUGGUUGAGCAGACUGCCUGUACAGAUAGAGAAGAAAAUGGCCUGUCUUCCCUGGUGGGUGUUUCAUAAAGUUGGCGAGUGAUAUUACGAAAGACUGGUAUUCCUUCUUAAGCGUUAACCAACAUCAUUGAAAAGUUGUUGUAUAGUAUUUACCUCAAAAGAGGGAUCAUCAGUCGUUCGAACAACUUAAUGAAACAUCCACCAGGUUUCUCACCCUCUAUAGUUCGGUAACACUCUGUAUAUUCUGUCUUCUCAGCUGGACGAAGUUGGUGUGACGAGAACCAUGAGCUUGUCAUUUUGUUUUCUUUUUCUCGACUUGAAGUGAAUUAUGUUCUUGACUGGUUACCCUGAAAGGUCUACAUGACAAGAACAUGGCAAGGAGCUAUUCACAUCGCCUUCCCAUGCAUCUUUACAAAGAAUCUUGCCUUGAUGUCGUCCCCCCUUCCUGAAUUAUUCUGUCAUCUCGAUAAAGUAUAUGAUGCUCUGAUGUGGUGCGUCAAAGAUGAAUUUCACCUUUGAUGACUACUAUUAUAACUAUACUGUCGCAGGUAUUAACGAUGGGACAAUGAAUAGUUUAAUAUUUUCUAUAUUUCUAAACUUGGUGAUAUUAAGGUGUAGUAUCAACGUUGCGAUGUGACGAUUAACAAAAGAAACCUGUAAUUUUCUUAGAUUAGCUGCAGGUAUUAAACUAUCUUGGCAAUAGCGGGAUAGAAGUACGAAAGUUUUUUGGAUUCCCACGUUCAGACCAAGAUUUUCGAUUUUAUCAGAUUCAGGACUGAAAAAAGACGUUUGCAAUACCAAAUCUGGAAAAGAAUGUUCGAAAUAGACGUUCUUUGUAUCAUUUCUGAAAAAACUUCGCGUUUUGAGUGAUACUAUGUCUCUUGUCAUGCUUGUUCAAGCUAUUGCCAAUUUGUAUCUAUUAAUUUUGCAUUCUUAUUCGGGAGACCGCAUGGGUAAUCAGAUAACUUUCAUAAAUUUUCUCCUAAUAGAGCUAAUCUAUAUGUAUGUUAGAAUUUGUAUAGAUAUGUACUUUUUUAUUCGUAUUAUUUCAAUUUGUAUUCAUAACAUUAAUGAGUGGCCGUUACGGACAUGUUUUGGGGUCCUGAUUUCGAAUAUAUAAAAUCGCACAAUUUUAUACCAGUGUCAAGGAGUUUUUUAUCACUUCUUGAAUCUUGAACCUUGAAAUCUACCAGAAGCAAUGAUGUAAAAAAAUAGUUUGAAAAUAAUUAUGAUGAUGAUUAUAAGAGCUGGUCUCUUAAUGCAUUUUCUUGAUACUGUAAACAUUGUACAUGUUAUAAGCUAUUUCCAUACACAAAGUUAAUGAUAUACAAAAUGUAUUAUGUAUAUAUGAACAAAGUACUUUUUGAGAAUGUAGGCCGAUUUCUUUAGCCCGAAAAAAUCAACAUAAAUGAUUGUGAUUCAUUUUUAGUGCUUUUGGGCGUCUCUUUUAAAGUGAUAAAUGAUCUUUACGUUGCAGAUGGUCCUUCUUUGCACUCUAUAAUAUGGCUAGUGGUGUGUGUCAGUUAUAAGUAUUCAAAACUCUAUAGUUAUAUUUGUCUCGUUUAUACUUUUUCAACUAAAGGCAUGAAGAAAUUCAGUGAAUUGAGCACAACAAUGUGAAGAAAGGAAAAAAAAUCCCCAGGCGGGAUCCAUCCUUUCCAGACUUGAUUGACUAUAUGUAUAAGCAUAUUUUAAUUUGAAUAUGAUGGUGUUUUUGAAGAUGUACGUAAUCAGGUUGAUUAUACUGCCUGUGUAUUCUGAUGAAAACAAUUACAAAGUCAUUUCCUACCUCAAUUAGGGUAUCCGUUCAAUUAUUCAAACAAUGUUGAAUUUUGUCUUAAGUAUUUGAGACACUGAAUCAUGUAUGGUUCCAUGAUAUUUUCUCUGGUGACAAUGGGCAUCUGCUCCGCUGCAAAUUCCACUCAUUAAUGGGAUGACCAAAUUCAACCCUGGAUAUAACACUUUUACCCUAUCCUAAACCUAACAUAAAACCAUAUUGCAACCCUAACCCUGUAUAUCUUAGACGAAAUACAGCUCGGAGCAAUUGUCGCCGGAGCACAUGAUUGUGAUAUGCUCUUAUCCUAGUAUGAUUAACAAUAAGGUCACGAUUUUACACAAGUUGGUAUGAUUUUAUGUCAUUCAAGUGAUUUCUGGGAAUAACUCGAUAUUGAUGUACAGGGGGUGGUACUCCCCCCCCCCUCCCCCACAGACCUUCUUAACUAGUAGACAUGGUCAAAGACUCAAAGAAAAAAGAGACAAUGGAAAAAAAAACGAAAUGAAAUGGGCUGAGGAGAAGAGUGGAGAAAACACAGCUGGGUAAGAUAUCAAGAUAAUGCCCUUACUUUUAUGGAGAAAGAACUGAAAAUAUCUUGCACCCUGCCUCCCCUUAUCAGCAGAUCGACAUAUUUCCCAGGGGCUACGGAACGAUUUUCAAAGUGGGGGGGGGGGGGCUGACCAUGCAAAAACUCACAAUCAUUAUGGUCAUUCUUACGUUUUUGUACACGGCUUCCGCUGCCCCUGCCCCCAACAUACCUUAGCACCGCCACGCUUGUUGUAGGGUGUUUACAACUGAUUUUUGUCUUGCUGUACCUCAUUAAUCACGAUGAAGAGAAAAGUUUAUAUCUUUUAAAAUGAAUUGUCUCACAAUUAUAAGUGAUUGAUCCAACCAAUACUAAGUAUGGAAAGCCGUAGAUAUCACAAUGCUUUAUCUAUAGGGUUCGUAUGAACUAUGUGACCAGUCUGUGAACAAACAGGAGCAUGCUUACUGGUCAAAACAAUAAAAGUUACAUGCACAUGAAUUCAUCCUAGAUGUCUCUGCUGGCUUUCCAUGAUAUUGGAUUAAUAAAAACUCUUCGAAAGACGGGUUUCACAAAGGCUGAUAUAUAUUUUGAUUUUGUAUUAAUACGUUAACAAGAAAAUAAUAAACGAAGAAUAGUAUUAAA